AUGUCGCAAGCAACAUCAGACAAGCCACAUCUAUACGAGGAUGAUUUACCUGAAAGCGCGGAUGCGGAGCGCAAGAUACUCGCAGCGUGGGCCUCCUCUGCAACCUUCAAAAAACAAGCAGAUGAUUUCGAAAUUCACGACUCGGACGAGCUAGAUCGGAAGCUGAGCCCGUUUUUGGAAAAGCUGGGUCUGGUCGGCAAGUCCAAGCGCCUCGGGAAAGCCUCUUCGGGAAGGGAAACGUUUAUGGAUGAAGGCAAACCAUGA